UCUUGGCUCAGUACAGUUCAGUUUUCAGUUGACAUUUUUUUCUUUUAAAAGUUAUAUAACCUACCCUACUCAAUAUUUCUUUGAUGCCAUCCUUUGAGCUGGUUAGAAAUCAUAUUGUUAAAUCAGCUGAAAUAUAUCUAUAGUCUGUCAAACGGCUGUAGCCUACUGUCUGUCGGGAGAAAACCAUAGACACUGACCCUGCAACAGCGAAGGCGUAAGGAAUAAGUGGACCUGGGCAGCGCUGGCCAUGGGGAAUACCAGUGGCCAUACCGGCGGCAUGCGCAUCCCCUCAGGGAAUGGCCCCCACCAGGUGGGCUGCACAGAUCUCAUGGUGGGCCAUACCAUAGAGGGUACUUUCCUCAGGCUGUACUAUCCAUGCACUACUUAUGAGGACUCGGAAAGGCCAGACUGGAUCCCUAGUCAGGAGUAUUUUAACGGCCUGGCUGACUUCAUGAAGAUCAACCGCUCACUCAGUGAAAGAAUCUUUAGCUACCUCUUUGGGGCAUGUAAAAUCCCAGCUUUUUGGAAUGCUUCAUACAAACCAUCUGGAAAGUGUCCAGUGGUUAUCUUCUCACAUGGACUGGGUGCUUUUAGGACUUUGUACUCAGCCAUAUGUUGCGAGCUGGCCUCUCAAGGGUUCAUUGUUGCAGCUGUGGAGCACAGGGACGAAUCUGCAUCUGCGACAUUCUAUUUCACGGAGAAGGCAGAAGCAGAACAGCAGAAGGAGCAGGUUUCGUGUAAACGACCCAGCGUGAACCCCCCUCAUCUGGACCUGCAGUGGAUGUACUACAGACCUCUGAAACCUGGGGAGAAUGAGUUCCCCCUCAGGAACAAACAGGUCAAGCAAAGAGCUGACGAGUGCAUACGGGCUUUGGACUUGCUCAUCGAAAUCAACUCUGGAAGCCCUGUGGAAAAUGUUCUGCGCACCCAGUUCGACUUCACAACAUUGGAGAACUCAAUGGACCUGUGUAAGAUAGCUAUUAUGGGCCAUUCCUUUGGAGGAGCCACCGUCAUUGAAGGUCUGUGUAAGGAAGGCAAAUUCAAGUGUGGUGUUGCACUGGACACGUGGAUGUUCCCAAUAGAUGAGGAGAUCUUCCCACGAGUCAAGCAGCCCAUCUUCUUCAUAAACUCAGAGAAAUUCCAGUGGGCUGGCAAUAUCUCACGAAUCAAGAAGCUGGACUCUGCAUUCAUUCCCCGUAAAAUGAUUACGAUCAGGGGUACAGUGCACCAAAGCUUUCCUGAUUUCACCUUCCUGACGGGAAACUGGCUGGGCAAGUUGCUGAAGUUGAAAGGGGACAUUAACCCAUAUAUUGCAAUGGACCUGUGCAACAAAGCCUCUUUGGCAUUCUUGCAGAGACACCUGUCUAUCGAGAGAGACUUUAAUCAGUGGGACCCUCUGAUUGAUGGGAAGGAUGAAAACUUAAUUCAAGGCACCAACAUUACUGUACCGCAUUCGUCUAUAUGAACUGUAUCCUCUAGGCAGAGAGCCUUUUGCUCCAAAAGUUGUUUUGUAUUCACAAUGUAACUGGAAAUGAAUGGGGAGCAAAAAAAAAAGAAAGGCCAGCUGCAUACACUCUAACAGGGAAGCUACACCAGGCUCAUAACUGAAGCAUUUUGUUUGCGUUGUGUCUGCUGCGACAAUUAGCUUCCACUAUGGUUUUUAUGCUUUGCAAACGGAACACUUAAGUUACGCACCAGGUGUGGCUCCCUGUUACUCCACUCAGUGGAAUAUUAACGGUCCAGCCCAAAAUGUGUGAUUUUUAUGAUCAGGAUAACGUGUGAUGCUUCUUACAUGGAUGAGUUUUAAAUUACAUGUAUAUCAGUACCACUAUUUUUGUUUCUACAAUUUUAAAUCAUACUCAAUUUUUUUUUUUUUUCUUAGGAAGAAUAGUAUGUAUUUGAUGGGUACUUGCAUGUAUAUUAUGUACAAUAAGGCUGAGCCAAUGCUGGGAGAACAUUUGGUUGGUUAUUGCCCUGAAUUGCAGCUGUGCAGGUUUACCAUCAGUCAGACUUUAAUAUACACCUUUAUGAACUGGGCCGAGAACAUUGGAAUAUUCUGCUCAUUAGUAUUUCUGCUCUAAUAAAUGAUCGAUUAUAUGAAUUUAUGCCUUUAUAGAAUAUGAAUGAAAUCUGUUCUGUGGGUUGAAGUGGGUUAAGGUGUUGUAAAAUCAUUGGACAGUGCUCAUUAAAAAGGAUGCAGUCUUCAUAAGACAGCUACACAAUUUCAAGAUAAGCCUUUAGAAAGGUAUCAUUUUCACCAAGAUGGUGAUCAGUAUUCACUAACCUACAACUGUGCCUUACUCUGGUUCCUCACCUUAAUUUCAACAUAUUUUCUGUUGUAAUCAUAAACACUAUGCCAAAUCUUAUUUUAAUAGUAUUGUAUUUUCAGUAUUCAUACGUUGUGCUAUAAAUACAAAAAUGCAUCUGUAUCACUUUCCUUUCAGCUGACUGAAUCAAAGUCUCUCCACAGCCAUAUUGCACUCAUCAUGCAUCUAUUCGGGCAACAAGGCUUCACAACACCAAUCUUGUUCCAGUAACAACACAUAAUUGGCAUGAUGUAUUCACAACACACCACAUGAUUGGCACAAUGUAUGGCAAAAUUAUUCAUAUGUCGACUUUUUUUGCCACGUAAGGGGCGGGAUAUGUGUCGACAACUGCCAUGCUGGUGUUACAAACUGCGUUUCCCUGCAGUUUGCUCCAUGCAUUUCUGUGGAGGAUUUUUUGAGUGCUGUGUCUUCUAAUUAGAAAGUCUCUGAUUGAAUUCCAUGUGAUAAAGACCUCAGAUGCCAUCCAUAUCCUUUUCCUCAACUAUAAUAAAACAUUCAUUUGUGAUCCUUUUAAAUAAGACAUUCAUUAUAUGUUUUCAUUGUACUUUAACAUUGUUGAUUAAAAUGGAAAUAUAUAUAUA